AUGAAUAUUAUCAAAGCGAAACGUGGACACGUGAAAGGUCUUUUGACUCGGGCAGCAUUUUUCGCUGAGAAUUUAGAUGACCGCGUGUCACUUGAGCUUCUGGAAACUCGAUUAGAAUCUCUAAAUGAUGCGUGGAAUAAAUUUGUUGUUUUGACUGACGAACUUUUCGGACACUCGGAUGACAAAGACUAUAUAGAUCCCAAUGAUGAUUUUCCCGAAUACGAAAAUAAAUAUUUCACUGCUCAAUCCACGUUUACAAAAGUAAUUCGCGAACGAAAGUUAGCAUCUAUACCUCCCGCUUCACCUGCUACCUCGGAAUCGGUCAUCGAAAAAUUAGCCAACCAACAGGCUUUAUUUCUCAAAAACCUUAAUGAAACAAAAAAAUCCACGUGUUCCAUAGCAUUGCCUAAGCUUUCGAUAUCGGUAUUUUCCGGGGAUUACAAAGAAUGGCCUAGCUUUAGAGAUCAUUUUAUCGGCUCGAUAGACAGUAACUCCGAUAUAUCUCCGACACAAAAAUUUCAUUAUUUAAAAUCGUUUCUACGCGGGGAGCCAGCAAAUCUUAUUCGCGAUAUAAAAGUUUCGGAUGUCAAUUACGUUGAUGCUUGGGAAAAGUUAGAAAGGCGCUUUGAUCGUCCCAAUUUUAUGAUACAGUCGCAUAUACAAUCGCUUCUUUCAAUUCCAAAUAUCAACGCGUCUAAUAUACAGUCUCUUCGUAAGCUCUCCGAUGCAGCUGAUGAAACCAUUCGUGGUUUAGACUCCUUGGGAGCCACGUGGCGUGAUCCUUGGGUCAUUUAUCUACUUUUGCUGAAAUUAGACCAAGAUACAAAGGAAGCUUGGGCACUUGAGUUAGGGAAAAAGGCUAAUGCCUCAAUUGAGGAAUUUUUAAUAUUUUUGAACUCGCGUUGUGAUGCUUUAGAGUCUGCUCAAUCGUUUUCUCGUCCAACUGUUCAAUCUCGUGGGAAGAAUCCAAAGGUCAUUCAAUCUCAUUUUGUAGAAUCGAGUCCAAUCUGUCCUAAGUGCAAAGCAGAUCACUUUUUAAAUCAAUGUCCACAGUUUCUUUCGCUUGACAUUACCGCACGCCGUACUUUCGUCAAAGAUAAUUCAGUAUGUUUCAACUGCCUUCGUUCAGGGCAUUCUUCGCAAAAAUGUCAUUCCAAAUUUCGGUGCAGAACUUGUCACUCGCGGCAUCACUCGCUCGUUCACAUUCAACCUCCGUCAAAAGUUUCUGCAGUUCCUGUUUCUUCAUCUUCAUCUACAUCUUCGUCUUCAUCUUCUUCUGGUAUUUCCGCGACCAAUUCAUCGACAUCAAAUGCUCUAGAAACAACAGCUUCACCAAUCUCGAUUUGCUCAUCAUUAGCUCAGGCAAAUAAUUUGUUUUCUUCGAUUCGUUCGCAUCAAACUCUGUUGCCCACUGCUAUCGCUCACGUUCAUGAUAAGCAAGGAACAAUACAAAAUAUUCGGUUGUUGCUAGACUCGGGAUCUCAGGUCUCCUUCGUUACUGAACAAACAGUUCAGAGAUUAGGAUUGGUUCGCAAGAACGCACAAAUACCCAUCGCAGGUGUUGGAGCAACACCAGCAGGUGUUACGAAUGGAAUCGUGACCCUCAAACUUCAUUCUCGCUUCACUCAAGAAUUUAUUGAAAUUCAGUGCUUCGUCGUUUCAAAACUAACAUCCAUGUUACCAACUUCAUUUACUACGGUUUCAAAUGUACAGUCGUUCAGUUCAUUCACCUUAGCUGACCCGAAAUUUAAUAUUCCUGGUCAUAUCGACGCACUCAUCGGUGCUGAUAAAUUAUUCAGCAUAAUAAAUGGCUCUGCAGAGCGCGGUAAGCAAGGAAUGCCUGAGCUUGUGCCAACAAUUUUCGGUUGGGUUGUCUGUGGUAACAUUGAAACCGUCACCCCUUCGACAACAAAAGGUGUCAAUUCAUUCUGCAUUUCAUUGGACACUUCAACUACAUUUGACCUCGAGCGUUUUUGGCGUCUUGAAGAAGUCGACCUCGAACCUACCCUGUCCAUUGAAGAUCAACGUGCAGAAGACAUAUUCGUUAAAAAGCAUACUCGUUUACCUGACGGCAGGUACAUGGUGCAAUUACCAUUCAAAUCCGAUAAAGCUACAGAUUUCGGCAAUAGCCUUCACGUAGCGUUAAAUCGUUUUUAUUCUACUGAACGUCGCAUCGCAUGCAGUCAGUACUUAACGGAUAAAUACACAAGCUUUAUGGAUGAGUAUUUGAAUCUAGGUCAUAUGGAAGAAGUUCCUGCUAGUGAGAUAAAUAUGUCUUCUAGCAAAUGUUUUUACUUACCGCACCAUGCUGUUAUCAAGGAUGAUAGCAGCACAACGAAAGUCAGGGUAGUGUUCGAUGGUUCGGCUAGAUCUUCGCAUAAUCAUCCGUCUCUCAACGAAUCGUUGCUUAUAGAAUCUCUAAAGAGCAUGCAGACUUCCAACGAAUUCUUUGGAGAAAAUCUAGUAAUCUUCCGUUAA